UGCCACUUUUAUUUCCUAACCUAUAAUGGCAGCUGCCACAGGCACCUACAAAAGAAUUUUAAAUUUAUUAGAAAAGUGCCCCCUCGAUAAAAACAAAUCAGGACGGGAUCUUGGGGAAUACCUCAGAAAUUACAUAAACCAAGCAUACAAAGACAAUCUGUUCGAAAGUAAUCCAAAAUACUGGGACAGGCAGUUUAUUUCUUUGCAGAAAUUGAUCAACAACGAGCAUAGAAAUAAGUACAACCGAACUCUGAAUUCAUCUGCUACUGGCUUAACAGCCGAAGAGUGCAAUAUUGCACUUUCCAACGAGUUCUUGAAACAGCUGAAGGAAGAGGAAAAGUCGAUAUUCAGGAGAUUGAUGUCCUUGAAGCCUGACAAGGAAUAAUGUUUCAGUUACCCAAGAAUCUUAGAAGUGUGUAUAAUCAGAUAACUGUUCUAACAAAGCAGUAUUAAGCCUGGUAUCAGAAGGAACUCAACUCUGAUGGUGUAAAAAUAUACAGGAUGUUACACUUUGGAAAAAAACAUGUUGUAUUUUGCUGCACACUGACAGGCUGUCUCAGAACUUUAUGCACAACAUGCAGUGGAGAAAUACAAAACACUUCAUCUCAUAUACCCGUUAUGACAGAGGAAGUGCUGAGUUACAUGAAUGUAAAGCAUGGCCAGACCUUGUUAGACAUGACAUUUGGGGCUGGAGGUCAUAGUAGAAAAUUACUCCAAGCUGUGCCUAAUUUGAAAAUUUUUGCUUUGGAUCGUGACCCAACAGCUCAUGGGUAUGCUCAAAAACUGGCUGAGGAGUAUCCAAGCCAGGUGACACCACUUUUGGGUAAAUUUUCGGAUAUCCCAGAUUUGAUGAAAUCUUUAAGUCUAAGAAGAAAUUCCUUAGAUGGAGUACUGUUUGACUUUGGAUGCUCUUCUAUGCAGUUUGACCAGUCGGAAAGAGGCUUUUCUGUUUCCAAAAAUGGACCUUUGGAUAUGAGAAUGGAUGGAAAUAGGAUACCAGAGUCUCCAACAGCUGCUGAUGUUCUGGCAUCAGCUACUGAAGAUGAUAUUUACAAAAUACUGAAGGUGUAUGGUGAGGAAAAGCAAGCCAAAAAAAUAGCAAGAGCUGUCAUAGAAGCCAGAUACUUGUUCAAAAAGCUAACAACAACACAGGAAUUGGCUGAUUUGGUAGAAACUGUUGUUACAGAUGAGUUUAGAUUGGAUAAGCUUCAAAGAAAAUCACAUGUUGCUACUAAGACCUUUCAGGCAUUAAGAAUUUUUGUGAAUAAUGAACUGAAUGAAAUAAAUUAUGGUCUCAUAUUAGCUCAUCAUUUUUUGAAGCUUGGUGGCCGAAUUAUAACAAUCACUUUCCAUUCUUUAGAAGAUACAGUAGUAAAAAGGCACUUCACAGGCAACAUUAUAGAAAAUACAGCCAAUCCUUUGCCACUGAAGUACAGUAGCUUUCAUCAUACCAUGGAAGAAGAUAUGGUUAAGGAUGUAAUGGAGCCAAAGUGGAAAAUGCUGCAUAAGCAUGUUCUGCUGCCUACUGACGAAGAAGUGGAAAGGAAUCCAAGAAGUAGAAGUGCCAAGCUUAGAGCUGCAGUUAAAGUGAAGUAAAUGAAGUCUGUGUAGAAAUGAGUACCUACACCCAUGUGGGGCUGUGAAAUGGUUUGCUGUAAAUAAAGUUUAUUUUACCCUUUAGUAUGAAGCAAUAGUAUUUUUCUUAAUAAAUCUAUACCUUUUUGAUAAUUUGAAACAGAAAAAUAAAAAUAAUUGCAUCUUAUUCAGGUACAAUGAAUGUGUAACGACCAAUCGAAUUAUUUGAAAUAAAUAUGC